CAAUUCCAAACCCUUUUUAUAGCCGACCCCAUUGCACCGUUCCAAAACUUCACAGAUUUUCACAAACUUUUUUGCUGAUUUUUGCUCUCUUUUUCUUUAAUCCUAACUCUAUUUUCUUUUUUUUUUUACAUUUAUGGGCAAAGGAUGGGGUCUUACCCUUGAUUCCGAUCCUGUUACUAGUAAUUUCUUCACAAACAAAUCCAAUUCCACCACCGUUGCCGGCGGUUCUUUUCUCGGGUUGAAGCAACACCACCACCGAGACAUGUUUCAGUUCCCUGUUAGUCUUGCUGGGUCCAGAGAUAACGACCGCCGUGGAACUUCAGCUUCUUCUUCGCCGUCUGAUGAUACCAAGAUUCCCGUCGAUGAGGUUGAUUUUUUCUCCGAUAAGAAAGUUAGGGUCGUUGAUGAUGUCAAAAAGGAGAGUAUAGAAACUCCGGCGUCUGAUUUGGAUGUAAAUACUGGAUUGCUGCUUCUCACUGCCGGAAGUGAUCAAUCAACUGUUGAUGACGGCGUUUCAUCGGAUAUGGAAGAUAAACGAGCUAAAAAUGAACUGGCUCAAUUACAAGAUGAAUUGAAACGUAUGAAUGCUGAGAACCAGAAGCUUAAAGACAUGCUCAGCCAUGUCAGUAACAAUUACAGUGCUCUCCAUAUGCACCUCGUCACCUUAAUGCAACAACAACAACAACCACCACAAAGGAACCGAGAAACACAAGCCAUCCAAAAAUCCAAACCCGAAGAGGUGACGCCUUUACAGAUUUUGGAUCUAAGCCGUCCCUCGGCUGCCGGAGCAGAAGCGGCGGAGACGAUAUCUCAUUCGUCGUCGGAAGAAAGGACACGUUCUGGGACACCUCCAAGUAACGUGGAGAAGAGGGUGAAUAGAGAAGAAAGCCCGGAAUCUGAGAGUUGGGGACCAAAUUGUAAAGUUCAAAAACUGAGUUCUGGGAAACCUGUUGAUCAAUCCACUGAAGCAACCAUGAGGAAAGCUCGUGUUUCAGUUCGAGCUCGAUCGGAAGCUCCAAUGAUUACUGAUGGAUGUCAAUGGAGAAAAUAUGGUCAAAAAAUGGCGAAAGGAAACCCAUGUCCUCGAGCUUAUUACCGGUGCACCAUGGCCGUCGGUUGUCCGGUCCGGAAACAAGUUCAACGUUGUGCGGAUGAUAGAACAAUAUUGAUAACAACUUACGAGGGCAACCACAACCACCCACUUCCACCGGCUGCCAUGGCAAUGGCAUCGACAACGGCAGCAGCUGCUAGCAUGUUGCUGUCCGGUUCCAUGCCGAGUGCCGAUGGAAUCAUGAACCCUAACUUACUAGCCAGGGCAAUCCUUCCUUGCUCCUCAAGUAUGGCUACUAUUUCAGCUUCUGCCCCAUUCCCAACCGUGACAUUGGACCUUACACACUCGCCGAACCCUCUGCAAUUCCAACGGCCACCACCCCCGCCGACACAGUUCCAAGUCCCAUUUCCCGGCCAACCGGCGCCGGUGUCCGCCCCUCAAUUACCUCAGGUUUUUGGCCAGCCAUUGUACAAUAAUAAUCAGUCCAAAUUCUCAGGCUUGCAGUUAUCUCAAGAAAUGGGGUCUUCCCAAUUAGGCCGCCAGCAACAACAACAACACCAAUCUCCGCCACAACAGCCUCCGACGCUAGCCGACACAGUCAGUGCCGCAACCGCCGCCAUCACAAACGACCCCAACUUCACUGCCGCCCUCGCGGCUGCCAUCUCCUCCAUCAUCAGCGGCGGAACUCACCCGAACAGCAGCAACAACAACAAUAGGCAAUAAUUAAAAAAUCAUGAUCAGUAGAUUAAUGACAUGUUCAUAUUUUUUUUCUUUUUUUGUACUUUUGUUGUGGGGAAGUAGAAAAGCUUAGAAACACACAAAGCAAACUUCAUUCAUUUUUUUUAAACAAAAUGUUGUUCCAUUUUAAAUAAUUCAGUUCAAUUUACAAGUACACAAAA